AUGAGAGAGAAAGAGAGAGGGAGAGAGAGAUACAGUGAGCCAGAAUUACAUGAAUUCACUUUAAUCAGCUUGAUAAACAAAAUUUCAUUUGUAUUAAUUUCCCAAAGUUGAUUAGCUGAAUUUCACUUAAUUUCGAGUCCCAAGUUAUUGUUUUCUCUCACUAGAUUGUUUAUUGUUUGAUUGUUUAAUUGUGUUGAUGUUUUCUCUUUUAAUCAGUUAAUUGUUUAUCGUGAAUUAAUUUUAACAAAUAAAAAAUGGCUUCUUUUGAUGAUCAACAAACUCAAAUUAUCAUUAAAAAUCUUCAGAAACAAUUUGAUCAACAUUAUCAAUCUAACUCAGAUGAUUGUAGUUACAGGGAUUACCAAAGGGUAAUGACGGAUCCACAUUAUGUUUACCGGUUUUAUCGAGCUCGUCAUUGUAACACCGAAGCGGCCUUGCAAAUGAUAAUAUCGACAAUGAAAUGGCGGAAAUGUACAAUUAAACUUGACCAAUAUCGCGAUUACAGUUUUCCAAUUGAAUUUUACAAGGUAUCGGCCGUAUUUCCAUAUGAAUCAGAUAAAUCGGGCUACCCAACGAUUUACAUUCGAGUCUCGCAACAUCGAAAAGUAAUUGAACUUGAAGAAUAUACCAAGGCCUUUUUCGUCCAUGUUUUCGAUAAAGUUGAUCGACAUUGUGGUGAGAAAGGAUAUUCACUAAUCUUUGAUUUAACAUCAGCUUCUUAUCGUAAUCUUGAUUGGGAUUAUCUUAAAUUCAUGAUCAACUUUGGUGCCAAUUAUUGUCCCGCUGGUGCUAAAUAUAUUCUAGUGCUAAAUGUACCCUGGGCAUUGAAUACAUUUAGAAAAAUGGUUUUCUCAUUUCUAAAUGAUGAUUAUUUCAAGUUAAUCAAGUUCGUUAAUGGUAAUCAGAUUUAUGAUUACAUCGAACCUGAAAAUGUCCCUUAUUACCUUGGUGGUCAGUGUAAACGUAAUUAUUGCUCAAUUCCAAGUGAUUCAGUUCCAAUUGAACAAUUAGUUGAAAGAUAUGGUUACACUCAUGAGGAUUAUCAAAGGAUUAUCCCAGUUUAUCAGGAUGCUCUGGAUCAAGCUGAUCAAUUCCUAUCAUCAGUUGAUUGGUAUGAACCAGUUGACUAUUUUGAUACACCUGAGAAAGAUGAUCUAGAAGGAAAGAAAGAGAAUAAAAUUAAUUACAACAACAAUCAACAAGAAUUGAUAUCAUCAAACAAUUUAGAUUAUAAUAGGAACACAAUUAACUUGAUUGACCCUUCAAUCGUGUUCAAUGUUAAACCAAUGGACAAUAUUGUCUUUCGAUAUGAUUUGACUAAAGCAACUUACUCUGGGUCAGUUGAAAUUGAGAAUAGCUUGACCAGAGCAAUUAUAUUUAAAAUACAAUCAAAUUAUCCUAAUGAUUAUCAGGUAACACCAAGACAUGGGAUAAUUAAUGGUAAGGAAAGUGUCAAGAUUAUGAUUAACAUGAUUAACUCUGAUUGGAAACAUUGGUCAAAAAUGACGAUGACCAAUCGACCGGUAAAAUUUAGGAUACUCAUUAAUUACUCAUCAUCUUCAUUAUCAACCUAUCAUUGUAAUUAUACUGAACAAUCAACAAUCAAUCUAAAUGAAUUUAAUCAACUAUGGACACAAACUGAGACCAAUGAAGUUUAUUCAACUAUUAGGACAAUCGAAGUGGUCAAAGAGUUUCCCGUUAAAAUGGGCCGAAGGGACAAAUAUCGUCAACCCUCAGUUAAUCUAUUUAGACACAAAUUACCCGAAUGGAAGGACAAUUUAUCAAUCGAUGAUAAAUUACGUUGUCUCAAUGAGAACACUAAUUCGUUGGAGAUUAAUCAGAAAAGAUUAACGUUAAUCUUGUACCUUAUGGGAUUUGCUUACCUUUCCCUUUUCUGUUACUUCCUUAUGAUCAAUUCAACAACAAUCACAUCAAAUUGAUUAAACUACAAACAGUUAAUUGUAUAAAUAAAUUUGUAAAUUACUCUUUUAAAAUGAGCAAAAUUAAAGGUAUCAUAAUAAGUUAA